CUACCAUUACCAUUACCAUUAAGCAGUUGCAGCAGAGCACUUGCAUUUGGGUGAAAAUGGGCUCCACCGCCGCCCAAACCCAGACGCAGAUCACCCCGACCCAAGUUAGCGACGAGGAAGCCCACCUGUUCGCGAUGCAAUUGGCCAGCGCCUCGGUUCUUCCGAUGGUGCUGAAGGCCGCCAUUGAGCUGGACGUGCUUGAGAUCGUAGCCAGAGCUGGGCCCGGGGCUCUGCUCUCCCCCUCCCAAAUCGCCGCUCAGCUUCCGGCGGUCACAAACCCUCACGCGGAUGUCGCACUGGACCGCAUCUUGCGCCUCCUCGCCAGCUACUCCAUCCUCACCUGCUCCCUCAGAACCCACCCCGAUGGCACACCCCAGAGGCUCUACGGCCUCGCCCCUGUCUGCAAGUUCUUGACCAACAACCAAGAUGGCGUCUCUAUUGCCCCGCUUUGUCUCAUGAAUCAGGACAAGGUCCUCAUGGAGAGCUGGUACCAUUUGAAGGAUGCAGUAGUGGAAGGAGGGAUUCCGUUCAACAGAGCAUACGGAAUGACGGCGUUCGAUUACCAUGGAACCGAUCCCAGAUUCAACAAGGUGUUCAACAGGGGAAUGUCGGAGCAUUCGAGCAUCACCAUGAAGAAGAUUCUGGAGAGCUACAAAGGGUUCGAAGGGGUUUCUUCGGUGGUGGACGUGGGCGGUGGAACCGGAGCUGUUCUGAACAUGAUCGUUUCAAGGUACCCUUCUAUUAGGGGCAUCAACUUCGACUUGCCUCACGUCAUUCAGGACGCUCCUCCAUACCCAGGGGUCCAGCACCUUGGGGGCGACAUGUUUGUGAGCGUCCCAAAGGGGGAUGCUAUUUUCAUGAAGUGGAUCUGUCACGAUUGGAGUGACCAGCACUGCUUGAAGCUGUUGAAGAAUUGCCACGACGCGCUGCCGGAGCAUGGCAAGGUGAUCGUGGCCGAAUGCAUUCUCCCCGUGGAACCAGACACCAGCCUCGCCACCAAGGGAGUCGUUCACAUCGAUGUCAUAAUGCUGGCUCACAACCCCGGAGGAAAAGAGAGAACCCAGAAGGAAUUCCACGAAUUGGCCAACGCCGCUGGAUUUCAGGGCUUCAACCUCCACUGCUGUGCUUUCAACACUUAUGUCAUGGAAUUUCUCAAGACUGUUUAGUUUAGUUUAUACGCCUACCUCCCUCAUCUUUUGGGUUUUGCUUUUCUACUGUUUGCAAUAACUAAUCUUUCGGACUGCUCUAUAACUUGUGUGAUUCCGGUUCAUGACCAAACAUAAUGGCAGAUUGGCACCAUAGAAUAUAGAUUCCUCUAAUCUCUGCUAUAAAACCAAUCCCAUUAAUAAUCUUUGGUCACCUUCUCUUGAUUUCGUUACUCCUUCCAGGUUUCACCUGGUUUCUCAAACAAGCUUCAAUUCAAUA